AUGGUCCAUGCUGCCAUCUCCCAUUUCGAGAGCCGCCCUAUCAUUGCAGAACCCGUUUCCACUGGUCGCCAAACCUGGCCUUGCCGAUUUGUCCACCCUACUCGUACCCAGCCACAUUUUGCUGAGCUUAAAAAUACCCCUGUCCGACGUGCCUACAGCCUACCACCACCUGGGCACCGACUAGCGUCCCUACUAGCCUUGACUAGUCUUGAACAUGGACCUUCACAAAUCCAAGACCAUAGACGCAUCAACAACCUCAUCCAGGUCAAGAGACCACGCAUCUACACCACCAUCUCUGCACAGGAGCCAUCAUAUCCAUUGACUGGUCCUGCAUACCACCACACUCCCUACGACGCUCCACCAGUUCAUCCCUCAACUGCAUCAAGUGUCUGCUUUCCUCACGCUCGUGGCCGCAACGCACCGCAACUCAUGUGUCAGUAGGCCGAACCAUAGGUACAUCUGAACGUGGGGUUAAUUUGUUGCACAACCGAUCUCAUUCGGUCCUUCAACUUCAUCAACACACCUACUGCGUCGUUGUGCAAACAUCUGGGGCCAUUGCCCAGCACCAUGAAUGUCGGUUGACUCCCCUAACCACCGCCCAGCUAGGCUGACAUCGUCCAGGUCGUCGCGAAAUCAAGGAUAUGACGCUGCCGAGUCUCGACGCUCUCCGCGAGAUCGUUCCCCAGGGCGAUAUAACGACCAGCGCGAUACUGAUCAAUAUAGGGGAGGUGCCUUUCGAGGUGGUGGUGAACGACGUCGCUCAAUUCCAGAUGCACGGUCAAACCACAACGCAUUUGCCUCUAACAACAGAGAACUAUUCACAGAGCCUACCAGGCGUGACUCCGCCAGGGAUUUCUCGUCGCGGGAGCCUCCAAGAGGUCCCAAAGUGGGCCAUGUUGGUACUAAACUACCGCUAGAUGCCCCAACGGGCCCUCGAGCCUCGACUUAUGGCGAGUUUCGAGGCGAAGCUAGUUUUCGAGGAGAAUUUCGAGGGCGCGGUAGCCGCGGUCGAGGGCGAGGAUGGCGGGACGAUAGUCGAGAUCGGGGACGUGAUGCCGACCGUGAAUACAGAGAGAGAGAUCGUAGAGAUGAACGCGGUCCGCCACCUUUUCGGGACGACAGAAGCCGCGAUCGGGAGAGAUGGGAGCGCGACAGCUUCAGAGGACGUAGGGCUUCAUCUCCUCAAGGUCGAGGUCGGUCACCAAAUUAUGGAACUCGCGAUGCAAGAGAUGGCCCUCCAAGUCUGGAUUUGGAUCGAACGCAUCGUAAUCAAAGAGAUACUCCACUAUCAACAGUGUCACCAAAUUCCGAUCUCAAUCAACCGUUCGUUAGAGGCUAUGGCAGGGCAAGAGGUGGGCGAGGACGUGGGAGAGGUACGUACUACGAUGACUACCAUAGACCAGCAUCUGUCCGAAGCCGCUCCCCUGAACCAAUCUUUACUCGUCGACCUUUACAAUCCGCCACCCCUCCUCCGCAAGUACCUGCAUUUGGCUCGGCUUCAAUAAAAGCGUCGACCCCAGUGACCACGACAUAUCCUGCUUCUAUACAUUCCGCGAACCCAUCAUCAUACGCGACCCCUGCUGGAGCACUGAAUUCCGCCAACUCUAAUUCACUACCCGCUUCGAUACCCACAGGCCCUCGAGUGGGCGGGCUAGGGCCACCUUCCCGCCAAAAUGUAAUUCCUGGAGGGGGUAGCAAGCAAAACUCAUCAACAUGGACGAAAACCUAUGAUCGCCCCUCUCCCGAGAUGCGCGAGGGUUUCGGACGCGAUAACGAAUUGUUCCCUAAUCACGCGAGACACGAAGGAUCCGUUCAAGACAACAUCUCAAUCAAUGGUUCUGUAAAUGAGGACAAUCCCCAUUCUUCCCAUACUAGGCCAUAUAACGAUCGACCCAUUGAACUGUUUCCUGACAGACAGGAGACCAUAAUCAAGAAGCGUCAUCCAUCUCUUGGGAGACGUCAGCCGAAGCUUCAAUCUCCAGCACCAGAAGAGUCUGAUAUCGAACCCGAUUCUGACUCCGCCGAUGAACUUGGUGAUACCUACUUUGAGGAAACCAUUGCGAAGCUACAGGAAAGUAUUAAGGGUGAGAAGGAGAAGAAUCCCUUGUUGCCUCGGCGAACGCCAAUUGUGGCUUCAGAUUGGAACUCACUCAUGGUACCGAUAAUUGACAAUACAGCCGACGAGACUUGCGAAGCUCCGAUUGUCCAUCAAGAGCCUAAACCCGAGCAAACGAAAGAUGUUACUCUCUCCACACCGAGUCCCGUGCGAGUAGACAAAGCAGAUAUACCCAAGGGUCAAAUCACGCCCGCAGAAGUACCUGCCAAGGAAACACCUAGGAAUGAGCCAGAUGUUGCCCAGAACUCGACGGCUAUAGCACCAAUAUCGCCUCAAGUUGAACCAUUACCAGAAAAAGACGAGAAGGGUUCAGUGGAGGAUGUACCGGUUGAAAAGGAGAAAGAUGUCCCUGAACAUGCAUCAAUGGAACCCCAAUUGAACGAGAGCAUACUGAAUAAACAAAACACUUCCAAGGAUGUCAACGUUGAGGAAGCACCCGAGGAAGCACCCAAGGAGGCAUCCAAGGAUGAAGCACCAAUAGAGGAACCUGUGAUUGAGAAGCCGCAGGCCGCUGCUGAGGAUACUCUUGCUGAGAAGGUUGAAGUUGCACAAGUAGAAGCUGAUGUACAUGCAAAUCCCUCUGCUCCCGACACCCAUGACACGGAUAUGGCGGAUGUGUCGCCACAACAGCAGCCUGCUACAAUAAAAACCGUUAUAGCAAGUGCCAUUCGAAAUCGGGAAUCAGAAGCAGAUGAUGUUGAGGACGCACCUCCAGAGCCUUCCAAGUCAAAGGAGAUUCCUGUUUCGCUGGAAAUCAAUAGUAAUCAUCCAUCUCUUAUUCCGACAACGGGGCAUGGUAGGACUGCUGAUCACAAAUCCCCUAUUCUAGACUCUGCCGAUCUGCACAAAAUUCAAGAUGUUGAAAUGUCAAACGGCCAUGUUCCAAUGGAUCUUGAUGAGGUUGAGGAACAUUUUCCUACUAAGCCAAUGACCAACGGCAACAAGGUUUCUCCAAGGCUCGAUCAGUUUAAGGAGAAUGACACUUCUCUUAGUGAUUGUGAAAGGGAAGAAGAGCUUGAAGCUGUCCGUCGGAUGAUGAAAACCCCACCUCUGAGUAGCUUGCCUAAGCCUCAGGUGCCAUGUUUCUGGAAUGAUUCAGUCGUUGUUACAGAACUGGAAGUUCGCAAUUCCAAUGUCGAAGCGGAGGUUCAAAGGCACGUACAAGACACAAAAGCACGUAGACAAACGGAAGAGGAAAACGAUGGUCAGGCGUGGGCGAAACGAUAUUAUGAUUAUCGAAAGUUUACGGACUUUUCUAUGGAUCCUGCUGCCGUUCGUAGCAGGGAGAAAUUUACCGCUUCACGAGCUCGAGCUGAGGCAGAGGCCUCUGCUCCUUCUUUAUCCGCAGCUGCAUCAGCAAGCGCCAAACCCGAAGGCCGCCGUACAGGAAGAUGGGCCACCGAACACGAUUUUGAGAGAGUUUUGCGUGAAUCUGAACUGGAGGCGAAGGAGAAAAAAGAUCAUGAUGAACGCUUGGCUCGAGCCAAAACUGCGAGCGCAAAAGAAGCUACGAUUCCUGCUAUGAUGGAUGGGCAAUGGUGGUUGGAGAAUGGCUUUGCCGACAAGUCUCACUUGGUCCCAUUCAACAGAUCGUUCGCAUUGCUCGAGUACGGUGAGCCGGUUGACAAUUUCACUCCAGAAGAAUCUGAAAUCUUCGAAAAGGUGUAUUUGGAAAAUCCGAAGAACUGGAGCCAGGUCGCGGAUGCCUUGGAUAAUCGGGAUUUCAAGGCGUGCAUUCAGCAUUAUUAUCUGGUGAAGCAUUCUUCGAAAUUAAAAGACAAAUCCAAGGUGGGAAAGAAGAAGAAGGGUAGGCAACCUGGAAGGUCAGCAAAACCAAAGUCGAAUGCUCUAUCCGCAAGUCUUGGCACUGGUGAUGAUACUGAGGAGACCCAAGAGACCGAGAGUGGUGAAAGAAAAGGCCGGCCUAGGAGAGCUGCUGCUCCGGUCUGGCCCAUUGGUACAACACCCACCGACACUGAUACAAGCACUCCAGCUCCUGCGCCAGCUCGCAAAGCAAAUGCUACACUGAAACCCGAACCAGGUAGUGAAUCCGGUCCCGCGAAGAAAAAGGUGAAGGUUGCCAGAGAGAAAUCCUCGAAACAGGGAAAGAAUAAUCAGCUUCUUGCAGCGGCACCAAUUGCCUCCACGGGUCGUCGUGAUGGUUCUCCGGCUACACCGGCUCCUGAGCCAAAGAGUGGUCGAGCUUCUGCUGGCCCCAAUAGAUUUCCCAUCCAGUUUGAAGGUCCUCCGCAACCUCAAUCGAUUCAGCCACAGUCUGCUAUUGUUCCACAAUUCGUACCUGGUGGACGGCCGGCUAACAUAGAGCCCUUUACCGAGUUUGGACCUCAAAACAAAUCACCCUCUACAUUGCAAUCAAUGCUGCCACAGCAACCUGCACCCAUUCCUAAAGCGCCUACGACUUCGCAAUCACAGCCAUAUCCUAGCCAAGAACGGGUUAAUUCCACCACGCCUCUCAGUUUCGACGCGCCACAAGAUCGUCGUAGUAUCCAACAGACCUCGAGUUAUUGGAGUGUACCGGAACAAAACGACUUUGAGGCACUGUUGGAACACUAUGGCACGGAUUGGCCGGCCAUAGCAAAGUGGAUGACUACAAAGACCCAUAUUAUGGUAUAUACCGACCUUUUUCAACAAUGGCUUCUAGUGCCGUCUGACAGCAACAAGAGUCGACGUGUCGCUAACAUUCAGGCACAGGUCAAGAAUUAUUACCAGCGCCAAGUAGACUCGGGCAAGAGACAUUGGGCCGAGCUUACUAGAUUGGCCGAUGCAAGAAAGGAGCGUGGAGAAGUCCCUCCUCCAUUACCCCCUCCUACAGUCAUUCCCAAGCGGCGCUAUGACGAGAGACCCGGCACUUUACCGGGUCCAUCUUCUCAUCCUUCGCGGACGGGAUCUGCGCUUGAUAACAUGGAGGAUAUGGCAUCUCCUGGUGCUAGUUCAAUGCCUCCACGCAGCUCCCAAGCCUCUCCAUCCCAACCACCUCCGGGUCUCAGUGCACGUUUUCCUGCCCUGGCCAAUGCUGGCCCUGUGCCCCAUAUUCAACCAGCAACACCUGCUUCUAUAAUCAGCAAACAAGUCACUCCACAACCAGCUCAGCAAACGCAGCCCAUCCAACAGACUGCCAGAUCAAGGGGUCCACCACUCGGCUACUUUGUCACAGAGACGCAGCCACGACCGAUUUUGCAAGCUGCUUCAAGCGAUUCCAACCUAUCUCAAAGAUCACUUCAGGUUGCUCAAGAGGCUCAAAUAGAAAGACAGUCAGCAUUGCGUUUGGAAAGAGAGCAACGUGAACAACAGCAGCAGCGUGAGCAACAGCAAGCACGAGAGCAGCAGCAAGCACGAGAACAGCAGGCAGCACGAGAGCAGCAACAAUUAUUCCAACAACGCCAAGACAUACUUCUCGAACAAGAGAGAAAACAACAACAGGAUCUCAAGUUCAAGCAACAGCAGCAGCAGCAGCAACAGCAACAGCAACAGCAAAGAGAGGAGAUCAUGCGACCAAGGGAACAGCAGCAGCGCGAACAGCAGAAGAGAGAGUUACACAUGUUUCAGCAACGACAAGAAUUAUCUGAGCAAGCUGAAAAGCAAAGAGAGGUUCAGCAAAAACAACUCCAGCAGCAAAGAGAUGAUCAUCAACGAGAAUUGGAACGAGAACGGGAACGCGAGCAUCGCCAGCGCGAAGUGGAACGACUAGAAGCUAGAGCGUAUCAAAUGCAUUUGAAGCAAGAGGGGCGCAACGAAGUUGCCAACCUUCAACAAUUUGACCAAUAUUCAACAACUUCUAUGCGGGAUAGCAAUGUGAUGGCGCACUCUAGAGUUGAAGUAGCCCAACCAGUGCCUGAGAGGCGUCAACCAAUAGAGCAAUACCAGCCUCGUUCUCAUCAAACUCCUCGAAUGUUUGGAAACGACAAACCCCCAACUGGACCUCGAGAAAUCCGUGAGCGCGAAAUGAAGCCUAGUCCUUCCCCGGCACUAUCACGGCCACCACCUACAGGUCCUUCGAUGAGAAAUGAACCGAUGAGACACGACAUGUACUCAGGGCCGCCGUCCCAGCCAAGACCACAAUCUCAACCUCAACCUCAGCAUCACCACCAGCCACAUCCGCAAGUGCCUCAAGUUUCUGCUCUUCGUCAACAGGAACCGGUUAGGAAGACCUCGAAUAUAAUGUCAUUGCUGAACGAUGAUGAACCACCUCGGCCUGAACCGCCUAAACAGGUCAGCAAUGUAUCAUCGGCCCCUCAACCUUCACACACACCACCUCCGCAGCACCCAUUGCAAACAAGCCGGUUUUCUUCGCACCAACCAACAAGUCAACCCCCGCCACAAAUGCAACAGCAAAUACCAACUCAACCAGCUUCACAUCAUUCUCAGGUCAAUCCCCAGCAUCACGUUCCACACAGCCCUCAUCCUUACUCUUCUCAUGCUCCCUCGCAUUCAAUCCAUCAACACAGCUCGUCAAUUGGACAUAAUCGCAGUUACACACCUACAAGCCUCGAACGUAGGGGUUAUGAAGCACCUCCACCGCAACAGACGCCGCAACAACCAUCGAUGUUUUCUCAGUCAUCGCGGCAAUCAAUGCAGUCUCAGCCAUCGAUUCGUCGUGAGCAAUCCCAUGAGAAUAUGCACGGUUUAGCUGGGGGAUAUUCACGCGGUGGACCUGCUCCAUCUGCGAUGAGACUCAAAGAGUCCCCUUAUUCAUCAACCCCUCCUCCUGCAGCUAGUUCCUCGAAUCGCCCGCCAGCGACAUCGCCGCAUGAUCACGCCCAACCCUCGGAGCGCGAGUACUAUGCUCGUCAGCCUCAAGCUCAGUAUAUUAUGCAACAGCAGCAGCAAGCGGCGUCCGCAUCGCCUCAAAUUGCUCCUUAUCAGCCACCAUCUCAACAGCCGCCUAGUCACCGACAAUUAGCUUUCGGCCAGAGAGAGUCACACAUGGCGUCGCCUCCCGGACAUUUCACGCAACAGCAACAAAUUCAACGGUCUAGGCAUAAUAGUUUUGAUGGUCGGUACCCAGCAGGUUCAGCUUCCUCGGGCUCAACUCCUUCACACUCGGGAUAUCCCCCACAACAAUCUCAUCCAUCUGCUCACCCAUCAAUGCAAUAUGCGCAUCAACUCCAAGAUCGAUAUGAAAACAACUAUGAACGUGAAAUGAGAGAGAGAAGAUUACAGGAGGAAGCAGCAGCCCAGGCACGGUACCAUCAUAAUUUGCGCGAAGAGCGUGAUCGACGUUGA